CGAAAAAAAUAUACGGUCAAACUGCCUCACCAUCCGGUUUUUCACUGUUAUAAUCAAUCGGCCAGCACCUUCUCGAAGCUGAACCAGUGCCCGAGAUUAAUGCACCAAUAUAUUGCCGUAGGGCUUUGAGAUUUAGCUUCUUGUCAAGCGAUCAAGCUGGAGUGAUAUCGUAUUAGAAAUAGAUAGCUUGGGUCAAACCGUGGUCAACGACGCUCUAGAACAAGAAUCCUUCGAUAUGCAAAGGCAACGGGUUCCUUCGGAUCCUAAUAUUGAUUCAGUAACCACUAACACGGUUAGCUAUGAGGCUGAGAGAGAUGUUGAGGGUGCAUCUACCACAGCACCGAAGGGGAGGAAUGAUUAUAAGGGGGCGAGGAGAAAGCCAUGGGAGAAGUAUGCGGCAGAGAUCAGGGACCCUACGAAGAAUGGUGCAAGAAUAUGGCUAGGGACAUAUGAGACACCUGAGGAUGCAGCUUUGGCUUAUGACCAAGCUGCUUUUAAGAUGCGGGGAGCAAAAGCUAAGCUAGAUUUUCCACAUUUGAUUGGCUCCAUUAUUGCUCAUCAACCGGUUAGAGUGACUGAUAAGCUCUCGUCACCGGAGCCGUCGUAGUCGUCCUUGGCAUCCUUGUCUUCAGAAUUAGAUGAUGGAUCUCCAAAACAGAAGCCAAGAAUGAAAUGGAUUUGACUCCUGCCAAGAAGCACUUUUUGGUUUCCAAUAUUUUUUGAUCAAUGAAUUGUGUAUAAUAUUUUUUUUAAUUUUUUCUUCUUAUCCUUUAAUUCAUUUCAACAUUUGGUCAUCAUCACCAUCGUUCUUUUUAAUUUUAAGCUGAGAAAACACUUAAUGGAAAUGAAUACAAAUUACUUGUUCAGUCGAAGAAAUUAAUAAAAUAAUUGCGGACCAUUUCAUUCAUCCGCAAGAGUGCUUCAUUAGACCCUAGCUAACUCUUUUUGGCCUUGGCAAGUCUAGU